AUGCCCACCGACCUUACCAUCGCCGACUACCAGACCAUCCUCGCCUUCACCACCAACCUCGCGCGCCGCGCGGGCGAGGUCAUCCUCGCGGGCUCGCAGGCCAUCCGCAACGCGCCCGCGUCGGAGAUCAACGAGAAGAAGAACUCGGUGGACCUGGUGACGGAGUACGACGUGAAGGUGGAGGAGCUGGUGAAGAAGGAGAUUGCGGGGAAGUACCCGGAUUUCGAGUUUCUGGGAGAGGAGUCCUAUGCUGCCGGAUCGAGGCCACCGCUGUCGGACAAGCCGACGUUUUGCGUGGAUCCCAUCGACGGAACCACGAAUUUCAUCCACGGCUUCCCAUUUGUUUGCAUAUCCCUUGGCCUCAUCUACAAGAAGAAGCCCGUGCUCGGUGUCAUCUACAACCCAUUCCUUGACCAUCUGUACACCGCUAUCACUGGCCAGGGUGCCUUCGUCACGGAGGGCAUCAACAACCAGCCUCUGAGGCUACCGUUGACAAUCGAGCCACGCCCUCUGACCUCCCUCUCGCAGGGCCUCCUAGGGAUCGAAUGGGGGGCUGAUCGCUCUGAGGAGAUCCUGGCGAAGAAGUCCGCAUCCUUCUAUCGUUUGGCCGGAAACCCAGAGGCGGGCGUCAAGGGUGGCAAGAUGGCCCACAGCUUGCGUAGCCUUGGCAGCGCUGCACUCAACUUCACGUUGGUCGCCAGGGGGUCGUUGGAUGUGUACUGGGAAAUCGGGUGCUACCCAUGGGAUGUCUGCGCGGGUAUUGUCAUUGCACAGGAGGCGGGCGGUUUGGUUACAGGUUCACAUAAAGUCUUCGCUACGACAAAGGAUGACGCGUCGAAGUUCGGAGAGGUUGGUGAAGAGAUUCUAUGGGGGAGGAAAUACGUUGUCGUGCGCGCCAUUGGACCUGCACCUGGCGAGUCGAAGGUGGAGGCGCAGAAGAGAAUUAUCGGGGAAUUGUACGACUCGGUGGACGACGCAGAGCCGACCAAGUAG